AUGCCCCAAUUUGACCGUCGUCGUCCCCGGGCAGCCACUUGUGAGGACUGGGACGAGGACACCCAAUCGGCCCUUCCAGGCUCUCAAACUACCGCCAAUGUCUCCGCCAAACGUUCUCAGCAAGACCUCGCUCUGCCGCAGCGUGAGAAGAAUGAAUUCAACGUCGAUGGAGGCGACUCAGGCUAUGUCAGUCGGGCGGGCACCAUAGCUGGGGAAUCCACAACCUCGGCUCGGCGCAAAAUGCCAGACUUGAAGCUCGACACCGGCAUCCGCGAGAGAGAACGAAAGCCUUAUCUCAUCUCCCAAAAUGGUCAUUCGCUACCAUCCAGUCGUCGCCAAUCUUCGUCUCAGUUGAAUGAUCCGUCAUCUGAUCCACGACCUUUCAAAGCCAAGCAUGACAUGCAUGAGCGAGGGCAUGGCGGGAGCCACGACUAUUAUAGCAAGCACGCCGACACAAAGCAAGACCUGUCUCGAGCCCAGAAACCUGCUCCUCCGCCUUCUUCUGCAGCAGGAGUCAAAACUUUGGUUCCAAAAGGCGCAAAAGAUGACCAGGCAUUACCUGUCAAGGUCCGAAGGUCCUCCUCAAACCAGCAACCUAGACCGCUGAGCAUGUUUUCCAAUGCUCCGGUUCCAAUACAGUACAUCAACCAUCCGAUGUAUGGGCCUCCGUCCGUUGCCACGUCAGGCUAUGCAACCCCAGUCACGCCCAACGUACCAUACAGUCCGGUGCCAUAUUCAUAUGUCCUGCCUACACCAUUGCCAACGCCUUCAUACGCGGUUUACCAACCACUUCCCUCUUACUUCAACCAACCGCCCGACCCUGAACCACGCUCGGGAAGGCCAAGUCGACAUACAAGCCCCAACCGGCGGUCAAGUGUCUACGGCGAACCCGUCAUCCGUCAAGGGUAUGCUGACUCGGGAAUCAUGACUCUCGAACGGAUCCCUUCAAAAGAGAUUCGGCCAAUGCCGCCAUCUCAAAAAUCUACCCGCAACCUUGAAGAUGAUGACCGGGCAAUCAUGCCACCUCCGCCUCGGCCGACCCAACCCGAAGUCGUCCUCUCACGCCGACCCAGUAAUCGAAGGGCGAAGACGUAUCAUCCGCAGGAACCACGGCUUCCCGAAAGGGUUAUCUAUGAGCCGGAGCGCUACGAAAGCGAUGACGAGCAGGACUACCGGCCGUCUCGACCUCCUCCUUCCGCCUUUCGUGAGCGCAGAGAGUCUACUUCUCGUCCACCUUCGUCGUACCGUGCUACUGGCUUGGUCGAGACGCGCGAUCGCCCCUUGCCCAGAAAAUCCGUUUCCUAUUCAGCAGGAACAACCGUGACGAAAAUAGCGACCUCCGCUCCGCACCAUGUCCCUCGCCGCAUGACCGUGCCUCUAGAGGAAAAAGAAGCUCGGAUCGAAGAGUACCAGUCGAGGCGAAACAAGACUUCCAACGAGUUAACUGCUGAAGCUCUUCGUGAUUUGGACCAGCGCAAUUCAAGUUCAAGAUCUGAGACAGGGAGUAACUUCAGUCGGCAGUCGUCCUCCAAGGAUUCUUCCGGCCGCGGAAGAAGCCAGACCAGCGGCACGAAGACGAGCAUAACCCUUCCCGGCGGCUUGAACAUGACCAUUCCUCCUGACUAUAUCAACAAAGAUGGACGGCCUCUCAGCAUCAGUAUCGGAGGUCUUGUCCUAUCAGUGGGUGCCGAAGGCAAAGAGAACGACCGCCCCAAGGAGCAGAAGAGGAUUGAGCGUGCACCAAGUGUUGCGAGUCGCACCUCCAAGAAGAGCCACUCCAGCAGUGUCAUCUCGGGCCGAGAAAGGGAUCGUGAGAUGUCCGCGUCCAGACGGCCUUCGCAUUUGGAAGAACGAGGCCCCAGUCUGCGAUCCAGUCGUCAGCCUAGUCGAGCCCCUAGCUUGCACCGGCGCAGCCACGACUAUUCUGGGCGUCAAAGCGUCGAUUACAGCUACCUUGAUCUAUGA